AUGCUCAUCUCUCGUCUCUUCGGCAAAAUUGCCCUCACCAUUAGCGCCCUGGGCAUGGCGUCAACAGUACCCGCUAAUGAUCAAACCAUCAAGCCGACUGACAGCAGCAUCGAGGUCGUUAAAGGCAACGCACCUAGCAUCAGCGGCAUCACGGACCUCUUCUCGCGCGAUGACAUCCCCCCUCACGAUUGCAAUGACAUCUUGGGACGUGAUAUCACCCCCCAGAUCGACUGCUCCUAUUCGUGGGAGAACUGCGGCUUCGACAACCACCUGGAGUAUCACAUCCGCAUCAACGCCAUCGGCAAGACCAGCCCCAAGCGGUGCGACAUGAUGUUCCAUAAUGUCCAGCGGUCCAUCAACUACAACAUCCGCCUCGAGUCCUGCGACCGCGCCUACAAGUUUGACGAGAACGGCCACGGCAUGGAGAUCGUCCUCAGGCUGCCCAGGCCCAUCCCCAAGUUCGGUGAUUGGCGCCUCAACGUCGAGCAGGGCAUCAGGGACAGCCUGUGCAAGGGUGGUCCAGAGCUCAACUCCUGGGUCAACGGGCGUUGUUACCGAAGCAGCAUCUGCAGUCACCGCUGGACGAAGCAAUCACUCGAGCCUGAUCUCCUCGGUAAUAUCCCCGAGCCCACCCUCUUUAACUAUGGCAAUCCCAUCGUUGCCACGAUUGUAUCCACCGAGCCGGUUGCUGCUACCGUGGUCAACCACGCUGCGGCCAAAAUCGCUCUCGGCACUCCCGACAAUGUCAACAACCAUCUCAUCGAGAAGCGCCUCGCGUCCGCCGCCAAGUGUCCUCCACCUCCCGGCGAGGACCGUAGCUGCGACAGCGUCGACAAGUCCAAAAUAUCGUCCAUUGCCGUCCACUGCUCCUACAUCUGGGACCAAGGCGAGCACCAAAACCUGCUCAACUACAAGGUCGUCAUCAACCCGACAGGCCAGAACACGCGAUGCUGGUGCACGCAGUUCCUCACUGCCAUCCGUAACCGCUGCCCCAAUGGCGAGAUCCAGUGGGCCUACCCGGUCUUUAAGUGCAAUCAUAAGCACAUCCGCAACACGCUGGGCUAUGGCAUGUACAUCAACUUCUAUAAUAACAUCUGGGUCGUCGGCGAGGACAACCGCGGCUGCAUCAAGGCAGCCAUCGAGGACACCACCUGUGGCGUUCCCCUUCGGUUGGAGAGGGGCGGCUGCUACAGGAGGGAUUGA